AAUGGCAGACCCGGGCCGUGAUCCCACUCUCCGAGGGUGUCUCAGGGAGAGUGGGAUAUGCAAAAAAAACACAUUUCCAGUUCACACAUGCUUAUUAAUACGCACUUGUACAUUUGUAAAAUGGGACAAAUAUAAGCACCCACCAAAUUAUUAUUAAAAAUAUGCACAGUUAUUAUGCUGCACUGCAACAUGAAACAAACUCUUAAAUAUCUGAUGAUAUCAUUACAGAUUCAUUUGCAAUUUGUUAACAUGGAAAUGAUAGUUAUUGCACAAAAAUAUGUCCAGUAACUGAAAGUGGAGAAAAGAGUUGAUUGUAAUCAGGGGUUGGGAAAAUGUUUUCUUUACAAUGUUUUUGCAGGAUUGUAAAAAACAGGGUACUUUGCCCUUGUCAAUUGUCAACAUCUCAGUUUAAUGUUUGAGACUGGUGUAAGAAAUUAACUUAAUUAUUUGUUGUUGGUUUGCGUUUUAGUUUUCUCUCAAAGCAGUUACAUCAAUCAGUUAAAAUAAUAUUCAAUAUUCUCCCAGUGUUGUACUUUUAGUUGUUCAAUACUUAUGUUUUAUUCAGUUUAUGCUAAUUAUUUAACUUCAAUUUCAGAUGGAUAUGACUUAAUUGUCAUUAAGAAAUCCCGUAUUACCUCUUGUCGUGCUUUGACAAAGCUCUGUAAUAUAUGUAUAAUAUGCAUUCAUCAAUUGUUUUCCUGCUUCAAGGACAAUAUCCUGUGGAAAUACAUCCGUAACUUGGAUCCCUCUGAGCUCCUGUCAUCUCAUUGAAAUGUAUAAAAGAAAAGCCCAUGCUAUCAGAAUGUGACAAAGCUUUAUACAUUGUAUUCCAGAUUUACUUGUAAACAAUAAAUAUUUAUUAUCAAUCUCUGACCAUACUCUGUACCCUAAUGUUUUAUGCAUCCAAAAAUGUUUUGUAAUUUUAGCACACUAACUUGAUUGCCAAUAGUGCUCCACUAGGCUUUUUAAAUUACCGUAUACAACUUUCUAGAGCUUGCCAUGAGUGGAGCUUGCCAGAAAACAGGCCAUUUAUGACCAUCAUUCUGUCCAUUCUGUUUUUAUUUGUAGUAGUUGCUAUGAGACCAUUGUUAUUUUCUGACUCAAGAUUCUGUGAAACUCAUUGGCUUUCUAAAGCCACCCACAUAAAUAGUCAAAACAAUAACAUUAGGCCUUGAAUUAUCAAUUUUCUUAUUUAUGAACAAGUAUUAUUAGUAGAUUAUAAACAUGUCUGUAAAUUUGUCAGACUAUUUCAAAAGUUAUUUUGGAGAGAACCUUCGAGACCAGCUAUUGAAGGCCACGUCCGCAGCAGAUGAGAUGCUGGCUCCUUCCUCCCGUCUCCUGCAGAAGAGACGGGAGGCCAUGGAGGUCAACAAUGCUAUGACAUUGCAAAGAGAGGAUUUUGAGUCAACUCUCAGAGCCCUGAGAAUCCGCAAGGAUGAGCUCAUAGAGAAGGAGGGCCAGAUGAAGGAAUAUCUGCAGAAAUUUGACAACUUUCUGAAGGAGAACGAGGUGAAACGAUGUCGAGCUGUUAGGAAGGCCAGCCGAGAGCGGGAACUGACCAAUCAGAAGCAGGUGGACCUGGUCACUCUCCAGGAGGAGACGAAAGCUCUUGUCAAAGAGAGGGACCGUCUGGAGAAACGAGUGCAGAAGAACGCCAUAUACCCCCAUUACUUGGAUAAAGUGGUACAGGCCAGUGAACGGUUUCAGGAGGCCCGACAGGUGAUGUCUCGCUACGACACGUUGAUGCUGACCCGGGAGGACUUGGUGCGGACCACCCAGCAGAACCAGGACAGCACGGAGAACACCCGGGCCCAGCUAGCCCGCUUCAUAGAGCAGAGCAAUGACACCCUGCUGCACUACAACAACACUCUGGCCCAGCUACAGAGCCAGCUGGACAAGGCCCGUGCUGAGGGCAUGAUCUGGGAGUCAAGAUGGGCCCACAUUCAGAACACAGCUGCCAAGAAGACACUGCUGUUGGGCACAAUCAAGAUGGCCACUCUCAAUCUGUACCAGUGUGUGUGCAAGAGGGCGAAAGACACUGGGGAAUCACCUGUUGCCCCAGAGGACACAAUUAAGCAGCUGGAGAAGAUCCAGACCUUCCUAGCCGAUCUGAUCUGCAUUUGGGAGGAAGUGAACAAGCCGGAUCAGCCAGGGCCAACCGGACACAGAUAAAAUGAUCUGCUUCAAUCUAUAGAGCUGUUUUGUAUGAAAGUAUAGAUUCUAUACUAUAUUUUCAUUGCCCUUUGCUUAUCAACAAAAAGUAUUUUGCACUGAUCAGAUCAAAAUAAAAAUAUAUUUUGAGACUA